UUUCGGAAGUUGGAUUAUUUGCUCCAGUGGUCCAUCAAAACAAACACAGCAGACACUGGAGCUAUCGCAUGAUAGUGAAAGUGAACAAAAGCGUUUGUUUUUAGCAGGACGACUGCUUCCUUAGCAUGGCACUGAAAUCUUGUUGCAUCUACAGUAUUGUCGUCAUUUCUCUGCUGUUGCUGAUCUCGGGCAUCGCCUUGGUCCUGGCGAAAGUCUUUCAGCAUUUUCUUCAGUCCGAGGUCAAAAAGGAAGUAGUUCUAAAAAAUGGCACAGAGUCGUUUGAGGCCUGGGAGGAUCCACCAGCACCUAUAUACAUGCAGUUCUACUUCUUCAACCUGACAAACCCCUUAGAGGUGCUUGAUGGGGAAAGACCUGCUGUGGUGGAGAUCGGACCAUAUACAUACAGGGAGUACCGACCAAUGGAUCAGGUGAAUUUCCAAGAUAAUGGCACCAAAGUAGCAGCUGUCAACACUAAAACGUACAUAUUCCAGCGUAACAUGUCCCAUGGCCCAGAGAGCGACCUCAUCAGGACUGUCAACAUUCCUGCCGUAACGGUGAUGGAAAGAUUCAAGGACCAUUCUUUCAUAGCUCGUCUUAUCUCUGACUACAUGAGAGGCACUGGGGAAGGCUUGUUCACCACCCACACAGUGGGAGAGCUGCUGUGGGGAUAUGAAGAUGGUCUCCUCAAAGCCCUAAAAGUCCUCAACCCUGACCUGGAUGAUGUUUUUGGACUUUUCUACAAGAGCAAUGCCUCCAAUGAUGGUGAAUAUGUGUUUUUCACUGGCCAGCAAGACUACAUGGACUUUGCGAGAGUGGAUACAUGGAACAGUCAGAGCUCACUGACCUGGUGGACAACCGACGAGUGCAACAUGAUUAAUGGAACCAAUGGAGCAUCUUUCCAUCCCAUCAUCAAAAAGGAUGAGACUCUGUACAUCUUCUCCUCUGACCUGUGCAGGUCCUUGUACGCUCAGUAUGAGGGGGAUGUGACAGUGAAGGGGAUUCCUGGUUACCGCUUCGUUCCUCCCAGCAAGGUGUUUGCCAAUGCGACUGUGAACCCAGCCAACGAGGGGUUUUGUGUCCCUGCUGGAAACUGCCUGGGCUCCGGCGUGUUGAAUGUCAGCACUUGUAAACAAGGAGCUCCCAUCAUCAUGUCCUCACCACACUUCUACCAGGCAGAUGAGAAAUUUGUGCAGGAUGUUUUUGGGAUGAAGCCUAACAAGGAGAAACACGAGACGUCCAUCGAUAUCAAUCCAUUCACAGGAAUCGUCCUGCGAGCGGCGAAGCGGCUCCAGGUCAACGUCUAUGUAGAGAAAAUUCCCACCUUCAGUCAAACAGGAGAUGUGAGAACAGUGGUUCUUCCUGUGGUUUACUUAAAUGAGAGCGCUCUGAUUGAUGACGCAUCAGCCAAGAAGCUGAAAGUGAUUGUUACUAAGAAGAGUGUUGUGGAAAACAUCCCGUUCAUGAUGAUUGGCGUGAGCAUCAUCCUGGGAAUAAUCUUUAUGUUUCUGAUUUGCCAGAGGAAGGUCCCAGACGGCACUGCUGCUGAGCAGCCCCUGCUCUCAUAAUGUGACCUUUGCCUGGUUUACAGAGUAAAGCCUGGUUUCAAUAGGUCACUAGGAACUGCACCUUCUACCGCUAAUGCCCAAGUAACGUUUUACAGAUAACCCAGUAGACCUUUUUAAUCUAAUGAGUGGGUGGAGGGGACUGUGUGCUUUGUGUCUUAGCAGAAGUAGAACUAAUGUGUGCCUUUUCUAGUCAAGUGUUUGUUUUGAUAUUAUGUUAAUGAGAGAAUUAUGUUUCAAGCAGCCAUAACAGAGUCAUUUAAGUCUGUCCUAAGUAUAAUUUUGGUGUGUCAUUAUUUUACAUCACAGCUGUGUAAAAUAAUGUGUGAUAGGCUGUUUUAUUCUCAGCAUUUUUAUUAGUGGAGCUUUUAAAUUUGUACUGAACUAGAUCAGUGUCUUUGCACAUUAUGCUCUUUUGUCCAUCGGUGCAGUUACACAUUAAUCUAAUAUAUGUAUGAAUAUUUAUAUUAGAUCAGUGUGGAAUAACAGUAUUUUCACACACACAAAACCUUUUUUCCCAGGUAUGGAUGUCUUGUCUUGCCUGCUGUUUUUUUUUUAUUUAUUUAUUUAUGGCCCUAAUAGAAAAAUGUUUGGCCACUUGUGAUCUGAUUGUAUGACACUAUAUACACGUAUUGGCCAAAAAUUUAAUAGCGUUCAUUUUACAUUUGCACCACCGGGACAGGAUGAGAAUGUUUUUGGUGAGUUGAUAAUUUAAUUCUGGAGUUCUAAGAGUUUUUUAUGGGAUUUUUAUGAUCUAAAUGAGGAGUGAAAAUGAUUUUUUUUUUUAUUGUGCUGCAAUUGUUUUGAUCAUUUAUCAAUACGAAAGAUUCUGUCAGUGCUUAAUUGUGUUACUGUUUGCAUUAUUCUGACUAAGUGUUUUGUGUAACAUUGUUUACACUACUACCACACAUGUAAUCACAUUACCGUUUACAUACCGAGGUCCUAUUCACAAUUUGCUCAUUGUCUUGCCAUUUGCAGCACCUUCUAUAAAAAGUGCUUCACAACUUCUAAA